AUGCAGAUCCUCCCUAUCAAUAUGACAUCGUCAAUCCGCAAUGCAUGCAUUGCCGGGGACUUGUCUACCGCUGAAAUGCUACUCACGCAAGAGAUUGACACCGAUGCCGACGACUACCACGCCUACGCACAUCACUCAAUUGUUAUGGCGCGACAACAUCAAUGCAACCACGCGCUUCAGGAUGCAAUCAAGUCCAUUAGCAUUAAGCCUUCCUUGAUGGGCUAUAUCUCUAAAGGUAUUGCCCUCUGUGAAAAAGGGCAGUUCCGUGACUCGAUGCAAGUGUUCGACAUGGCGUUCAUGUUUGCGAACGAAGAUUCAAAGAUCAUUUAUUUCAUUCUCUUGAUUAAGGCACGACAUCAUGAAGAGGCAUUUCUUCGCGUCCGAGAGCUAGCUUCCGCUUGUCCGAAUAAUGACACCCUUGCAUGUCGUGUCAUAGAAGCAUAUCUAUCUCUUCAACUCGGAAUCAAUGCUUCGGAUGGCGCACGCCACGACGACGCUGCUGGCCACUUCACUGCCGCUGUCAACUCCAGCGGUUUCUUAUCUAUAUCAACUGUUCAAAUUAUACAUGAUGACUUGGUAAUGCUCUUUGGAUGGGACCUUGAGUCCUUGUGGCUGACUUCAAGCCAGAAACUGUGCCAGGCCUUACUUUCGGCAGGUAAAGUUGCGAAAGCCCUCAAAGCACACCAAUCCAUGAUAGACACUAUUGAUGAAACUACGAAGGCCGACUGCCUUGACUGGUCCAACGGCAAGUCUCGAGAAUGCUGUGCGCUAUAUCUUGCCGACGGUGAUGCAGCCCUCGCUGCAGGCGAUUACGACACAGCUAUUGACUUAUACUCUGUGGCAAUCGACCUGAAUUCUGCAAAUGACGCCAUCUUUGCAAACCGCAGCAAAGCAAAGUUGGGGAAAAUGCUAUGGGAGGAUGCACUUCUCGAUGCGCAAAAGGUCAUUGAAGUCAAUCCUUUGUCUCACGUUGGAUAUCAGCUGAAGCAUGCAGCGCUUCGUAGCGCACGAUGCUAUGACGAAGCUAUUGAGGCUUUCAACAUCAUGUUGUCCAAGUUGGAUGAUGCUCCCGACGUGCAGAUACGAGAGUUGCGUGCGCAGUAUGUCUCUCCCUCUGAAGUAGACGACGCUAUUCGAAAUGUCAUCUGGAUCGAACUUGAAAAUGCCCCGCUUCGUCUACUUAACACCUCCACGGGUCUCUUGUGCGAUCGAGCGGCACAGAUAAACGCCUUCAAAAUGAGUGCAGAAUACAAGGAGCUAUUGUCGUUCACAACGAAGCAUUCAGACCUCCGAAUGAACCGCAUCAACGAAGUGGUGGCAAGGUACUUCCGGUGUGUUCUGCUAUCACACAGGUGGGAAGAGACGGAGUUGUUGCUGCACAACAUCCAAGACAAAGUUGUGUACGAGUUGAAUGCUGUUGGCGGCAUCGUAAAACUGCAGUCAUUCUGCAGAACCGCUCGUGAUGCGGGAUACUUCUGGGCAUGGAUGGAUACAUGCUGCAUCGACAAGAACAACAAUACAGAGGUCCAAGAAUCGAUCAACUCCAUGUUUAUCUGGUACCGCCACUCGGCGCUUACCAUCGUCUACCUGAGCGAUGUUCCUCCUUCAUCCAUGUCUGGCGCACUGGCAGGGAGCGCUUGGAACAAGCGAGGAUGGACCUUUCAAGAAUUUGUCGCUCCUCAAGUUGUCCUCUUUUACACCAAGGAUUGGACAUUGUAUCUUGACGACCACUCUCCCAACCACAAAGAAUCCACUGCAAUCAUGGAGGAAUUGGAGGGUGCGACGGGUAUGGAUCGACAGGCCCUCGUUGCCUUCCGUCCAGGGAUGAGCGGCGUCCGGGAGAGACUUCGACGGGCAUCAUCACGCUGCACCACAUUGCAGGAAGACAUCGCCUACUCAUUGUUCGGCAUCUUCGGUGUUCAUCUACCUGUUAUUUAUGGCGAGAAGAAACAAAACGCACUCGGGCGGCUCUUGCAGGACAUCGUGGCUCGGUCAGGCGACAUUACGGCCCUCGAUUGGGUCGGACUAUCCUCCGAGUUCAAUAGUUGUCUUCCAGCCGACAUUACCUCAUAUGCGGCUCCGCCAUGCGCUCUGCCAUCUUUGUCCGAAGAUGAGAUUCAGACAACGGUCUCUUCGCUGCGAAAUACCGUGGCUGCAGGGUUGGCUUCGAAGCUUUAUACCAAGCUUCAGAACAUGAGCGCUCCUCGCUUCGCGAACUGCAGACUACAUCUGCCUUGCAUUGCAUUCCGUGUCACGGAGGUCAGACGGAGGUACGAUUCAGCACAGGAGACUCAUCCCACGUAUGGUGUCAAGGCAGACGGGCUUCGUGACCUGCUGAUCACCACCGACGACAAAAUGAUCCAGUUCUCGCGGGGAAAGCCCACUCAACAAACAUUCUUCCUUGUCCGUCCAUGGGAUCGUCGUCUCCUCGAGCUGCCUGACUUCGAAGAGCAGCCUACCAUUGCAGAUGAUGUGGAGAGCUUAGGAGAGUGGUCCGAGCCCGACUCUCCUAGCAGUUCUCCUGUAGAACAAGAGCUGGUUGAUUCGGAAUCGAGCGAGCGAGCAUCACGAUUGAUAGUUCGCCUUGGCCAACCUUUCUGCGCAUUUUUGCUAGCGCAGCUGCGCAUCGGAGAAUACAAAAGGAUUGCGCCGGAUCAUAAUAUCAUUGCUCAAGUAAAAGACGUAGCUUCUGUUCACAGCAUGAUGGACGUCAGAACCCUAGAAAUAUUGUAG